UUUAAGAUGGCAGAAGUUGAAUAUAAUUUAAAUCAUUUUAUUGAACAAGUUAGAGAAGAAGUGGAUGAUAAAGAUCUUGUUGGAGAUUUAUUAUAUGAAGAACCGAGAGAAUCUCGUUAUGAAGAAUGUUGUAUUAUGGUUUUUAAUAUUCCGACGGUUGGAGAAGACAGGCUUGAAAAAUUGAAGAAAGUUUUGUCUGGAGUGUUUUCUUUGCAGAAUAUGUACAAAUUUAAUGAUUAUUAUCCGCUUAAUGAGGAGGGAAAGACCAAGGGUUACGUUUUUCUCGAAUAUGAAAAUAAAGAAGCAGCAAAUGCUGUUAGAUCAAUUUGUGAGGGAUACAAACUUGACAAGAACCAUACUUUUUCGUCUUACCCGUUUUCUGCUUUGAGGGAUUUGAAGGAGCCUAGUGCUAAUUGGAAAAUUCCGGAGAAGCGUUCUUAUGUUGAUUUGGGCGAUCGUUGGUGGUGGCUUCAAAAUACAAAAUGCCUCGAUCAAUUUGCUAUACAAUAUGAAGACGAUGGUGGUCUUCAACUUGAAGUUUUUACACACGCUAAAAAUGGGGAUCCAAUACUUGUUCAACAGAGAACGAAUUGGUCAGAAGACAGUAUUUUCAAAUGGACUCCUCAUGGUUCGUAUUUGGCAUCUCUUCAUGCUAGAGGGGUUAUUCUUUGGGGAGGAAAGGAAUUUAAACAAUUUCAACGUUUUGAACAUGGAGGGGUUAAACAUAUUGAAUUUUCUCCUAAAGAAGGGUAUUUUUUAUAA